AUGGGCUGGCUCACCUACCUCGCCAUGCCCGCCGUGCUUGUCAUAGCCAUGCGCCUGCUCUCGCUCGUGCUGCCCGCGAAGCCCGCCCAGCUGGUGUCGUACUACGCCUUCGCAAUAAGCUCCUUUACACUCAUGUUGAGCUGCGCCCUGUACGGCACACUUGUGGCUAUACCUCUACGCAUGGUGGGCUAUGGUGGACUCAUUCAAUGGACGGUUGCGCGAGCGUUCAAGUGGUGCAUGUGGUUGGGCACUGGCGUGACGUUUCGAGUGACCGGGAGCAUGAAGAAAGAGGGAGGUCUUAGUGGAGAAGACGCCCUCAAGGACCGUCCAGCAGUAUUCGUGGGCAAUCAUCAGACCGAACUCGAUGUCCUCAUGCUCGGCUGCAUGUUCCCAAAAUACACCUCCGUGACGGCCAAGAAGUCGCUCAAGUUUGUGCCUCUACUGGGCUGGUUCAUGGCGCUCUCCAAAACCGUCUUUAUCGACCGCGCAAACCGCACCUCGUCUCGCGCUGCAUUCGACACGGCUGCUCACACGAUGAAAACAACACGCCAGAACGUCUUCAUCUUCCCUGAAGGCACGCGAUCAUAUGCCUCAAAACCUGAUCUCCUACCCUUCAAGAAGGGCGCGUUCCAUCUUGCAGUACAAGCACAAGUUCCCAUUGUGCCCGUCGUUUGUGGUAACUACUACCACGUUCUGGACGUCAAGGGCAAGAGAUUCUCCCCAGGUGUGGUGGAUGUUACCGUCUUACCGCCAAUACAAACGAAGGGUUUGACGGCAGAGCACGUAGAUGGCCUGGUCAAAAAGACAAGAGAUGCCAUGAUGGACGAGCUGAUUCGAUUGAGUCACGUCUCAGGUGUGGGAAAUGGCGAGCCGCUCCCGAGAUCCAGUGGAGUCGAUGGACAGGAACGUAGUGAGCUAAGGAAACGGAAUUAG